AUAAGUUAUUUCAUUAAUGAUUAUUGGUCUAACAUUCAUACUAUAAUUGAAUCCCUCUAAUUUUAGUUAUCUGAAGUGUAAUUACUAAAAAAGGCAGUAAUCAGAAACAACAAAUUAGAAAAGAUAAAAAAGAAAUGCAAAUUAGGAAAAGCGAAGGAAUCGAAUUCGGUUUCAGCUUGGCUUUUACUUGAAUCCCUAGAGUCAGAGAGAGAAACAAUCGAGUUGAGCUCGCAUGGGAGUCUAGAGAGAAACACAUUGGCAUUGGCAUGCAAUUGUGAUGGGGAAAUACAAUCUCAUCAUCUACAUUACGGUGGCCGUAGGGCUCCUGCUCCUCGUCUCCCGCUCCUCCCACAAAUCCAAGCCCCAGGGCCACCGCCGCCGCCUCAAAAUCCGCACGCACUUCCCCUUCGCCCCGCCGGCCGACCCCCACCACCACCACAACCCCCCGCCCGCAUUUGAUCCCAUCGUGUCCGAGAUCGAGCUCCGCCGCGAGGACAGGCAAUGGGAGCACCUCUACUUCCAGACGCACCACCACGAGCCGCCGUCGGCGUCCCCCGCGCCGCUGCCGGCGCCGGCUCACGAGUCGCAGCCGGAGUGGGAGGAUUUCGCCGACGCCGAGGACUACUUGAAUGACGAGGAGCGCUUCAAUGUCACCAACAGGCUGAUGCUAUUGUUCCCCAAGAUCGAUGUCGACCCCGCCAACGGCUACGUCAGCGAGUCCGAGCUCAUUCAGUGGAAUUUGCAGCAGAGCCGGAAGGAGGCCAUGCAUCGGAGCCAAAGGGAGAUGAACACUCACGACAAAGAUAAUGAUGGCUUGGUGUCUUAUGCUGAGUAUGAGGCUCCCAGCUGGGUUAGAAACGCAAACGCGGAUAAUACUGCAUUUGGAUAUGAUUUUGGUUGGUGGAAAGAGGAUCAUUUCAAUGCAUCUGAUGCCGAUGGAGAUGGUCAUUUGAAUAUCACAGAAUUUAAUGACUUUCUUCAUCCAGCUGAUGCAACCAACCCCAAGCUGCUUCUCUGGUUGUGCAAGGAAGAGAUAAGGGAAAGAGAUGGAGAUAAGGAUGGUAUGGUUAAUUUCCAAGAGUUCUUCCACGGGAUCUUUGACCUGGUCAGAAAUUAUGAGGAGACACAUAAUGAUAGUGAUGACUCUGAUGAUUCACUUGAGGCCCCAGCUAAGAUGUUGUUUGCUCAGCUUGACAAAGACGGCAAUGGAUAUUUGUCCGACGUAGAAUUACUACCCAUUAUUGGAAAGCUCCACCCGCCGGAGUAUUACUAUGCUAAACAGCAGACACGCCAUAUACUGCACCAGGCUGAUGCAGACAAUGAUGGACGUCUGACCUUAACAGAGAUGAUUGAGAGUCCAUAUGUUUUCUAUACAGGUGUCUUUACAGAUGAUGAUGACGACGGUGGUGAAUAUGUAGUACAUGACGAGUUCCGCUAGAAACUGGAGUAAUAGUAUACUAAAUAGGGUGAGGCGAGCAAUUAAGACGCGAAAAUCUUGAUUUGCUGUGUGUUAUGGGAGGGAUGUAUAGGCUUAUCACUUGUGGUAGUUCCUCAAGUUUAUACCUUUUUUACAGUUUUGGUUAUUCUUUUUAUCUUGUAUAGUUUUUACAGAAGAACUGCUUUGAUUGUACCAUAUUAUAUGAAACAAUCUUCAGUUUGGUUUUUGUUGAAAGCAAAGGAAACUCUGGAAAAUUAUUGUUU